CUCAAAUGACCCUCCCCGGCGGGUGCCUGGGCCAAGCUGGUGACUGGCCGGUGGGUGAAGCCGCUUCAGGAGCCGGGGUUGGGUGUGGGCUGAGGCCGGGCUCAGUGGUGGCUCAAGUGCCCGCCUUCGGCUCGGGGCGGCUGCGGGGAGACCAGUUCGGAUCCCGCGGGCGGGGCCGGCAGCCUGCACCGGUGGGCGGGUGCUGCCUGCGAGCGCUCCCUGGGGCAUGUAAGCGCUCCGCGGCACGAGCCCCGGGCGGGGCCGGGAGGGCAGCCCUGGCCGGCUGCGUGCGUGUCUGGCCGGCGGGGGCCCCGGGAGGAGCUCCGCUGACACGUCAGGGAAGAAGCAUUUAACCCCGGCAGCGGGCUCCAGGAAAAAGGAAGAGAAAGUGCAAAGUGGCGGAGGCUCGCUCAGCCCGGCGCUGGGCUCUGGGGUCCCUCCUGCACCAGAAUCCGUCUCAGCUGGAGCUUGCCAGAUUUCACUUGUGACCCAGCCCUGGAUUUAGACCUAGCUUUCCAGAGGUGAAAGGUUGCAUGAUGGAAUUUAAAUUUUCCCAAGAAAAGCUUCACAUUUUGGAUCAGUAUCGCUGAGAUUGUCUUCUGUUUGCUAUACACUGAGUGGAGUCUCUUGACAUAAACUUGGCCAAAGAGUACAUAAAAAUGGAUCUCAAAGAAAGCUGCCCAAGUGUUAGCAUUCCCAGCUCUGAUGAACAUAGAGAGAAGAAAAAGAGGUUUACUUGACUCUCUGGAGCCCCUGGGCAUUGCUCCUUGAGCCUGCAGGAGGGGAUUACGAAAAGGAGAGACAGACACACAUGAGGAAAGCAUUAUUGUAAAAACCAUAAGGAAGAUGUGGAAGAUUCUUGCACUUAGAUGUGUAACUUUUCUUGAACUGCUUGAACAUCCAGCAGGUUUACAAAGUAUUGGUCUCCGUUGGUAGAAAUGAGUGGUUUGUCUUCAGACGAUAUGCUGAAUUUGAUAAACUGUACAACACACUGAAGAAACAAUUUCCCACUAUGAACCUGAAGAUUCCAGCUAAAAGAAUAUUUGGAGACAAUUUUGAUCCAGAUUUUAUUAAACAGAGACGAGCAGGACUGAAUGAAUUCAUUCAAAAUUUAGUUAGACAGCCAGAGCUAUGCAACCACCCGGAUGUCAGAGCAUUUCUUCAGAUGGACAAUCCAAAGCAUCAGUCAGAUCCAUCUGAAGAUGAGGAUGAAAGGAGCAAUCAAAAGCUAAACUCUACCUCACAGAAUAUCAACCUGGGACCAUCUGGAAAUCCUCACGCUAAGCCAACAGACUUUGACUUCUUGAAAGUCAUUGGGAAAGGCAGCUUUGGCAAGGUUCUUCUUGCAAAACGAAAACUGGAUGGGAAAUUUUAUGCUGUCAAAGUACUGCAGAAAAAAGUUGUUCUCAACAGGAAAGAGCAAAAACAUAUUAUGGCUGAACGUAAUGUACUGUUGAAAAAUAUGAAACAUCCAUUUUUGGUUGGAUUACAUUACUCAUUCCAAACAACAGAAAAGCUUUACUUUGUUCUGGAUUUUGUUAAUGGAGGGGAGCUGUUCUUUCAUUUACAAAGAGAACGCUCCUUUCCUGAACAGAGAGCCAGAUUUUAUGCUGCUGAAAUAGCCAGUGCAUUGGGCUACUUGCACUCCAUAAAUAUUGUAUACAGGGAUUUGAAACCAGAAAACAUUCUCUUAGACUCACUGGGACAUGUAGUCUUAACAGAUUUUGGACUCUGUAAAGAAGGGAUUGCUAUCUCGGACACCACCGCAACCUUUUGUGGGACACCAGAAUACCUUGCCCCAGAAGUGAUCAGAAAACAGCCCUAUGACAACACAGUAGACUGGUGGUGCCUUGGUGCGGUUCUAUAUGAAAUGCUUUAUGGGUUGCCUCCGUUUUACUGCCGUGAUGUUGCUGAGAUGUAUGAAAAUAUUCUUCACAAACCUCUAGAUGUGCGCCCAGGAGUCAGUCUUACAGCCUGGUCUAUUCUGGAAGAACUCUUGGAGAAAGACAGGCAAAAGAGACUUGGAGCAAGAGAAGACUUUCUUGAAAUUCAAAGGCAUCCUUUCUUUGAAUCUCUCAGCUGGGCUGACCUUCUCCAAAAGAAGAUUCCACCACCAUUUAAUCCUAAUGUGGUUGGCCCAGAUGAUAUAAGGAAUUUUGAUGCAGCUUUUACGGAAGAAAUGGUUCCUUAUUCAGUUUGCAUUUCCUCUGGUUAUAACAUUGUAAAUGCCAGUGUGCUGGAGGCAGAUGAUGCAUUUGUUGGAUUUUCUUAUGCACCACCUUCUGAAGACUUGUUUCCCUAGGAGGCUAGGAGCCAACAAAUGCUGCACAAGUACAAGUCUGAAGAUGGACUGAAACAUGAGUGUGAACAUAGUCCAGAAUAUGUGUAACUAGUGCCUCAUUUUAUAUGUAGGGUUGAAACCAAUGAACAAACAUUUUCUGCUGUAUAUGAGGAAAUUGGGCAUUUCAGAUGGCUUUCUUUGGGAUUUAAACUGUUAUACCUGCUGCAUAAAAAUAUUUUUAAAAUGAAGAUCUCUAAAAGCUGUUCCUUUACACUAUCUGUUUUUAAGCAAACACACGGACUGGUUUUUUCUCCAGGUUUACAUUAAUACCUAUCCAGGAUUUGGUUGUCUUUCAGCAGCAGCAAACUUAGCACAUUUAUAAAUGCCUUUGUAACUAUUUACAGUGACUUUGUGCUUGAAUUGUAACUAUGCAAUUGUCUUUUGUAUAUCAUUGUUUAAAAAAAGAUAAAUGUUUCCCCUGUUAUAUCACCUUUUGAAAUAUAAGUUCAUUACUUUACAGCACUUACUCUAAAAUUUAAUUCCUCAUUGAAGAAUAAGUACAUACUUCAAGGAUCUGCACACUGAAAAGUUGCUCAUUUAGGAUCAAAUUGCCAUCCUUACUCCUCUUCGUAAAUACUUUCUGAAGUAUUCCUUUCAAUUUCCACUGAAUUAUUUGAGAAAUAAAGCACUACUCAAAGCGAGUAAGGGUAGCACAAACUAGCCCAAAAUAUUUGGUAACACUACUAAAUACAUUGUCUAUAAUGUUCUUUUCUGAUGAAGAAAUAUCUGAAUCUCAACUGCACUAAAAUUAUUUUGCAUUAAAAUUCCAUUUUUCCAAAGAGUUGGAGGGCAAUAAUCAUUGCUACUUUUAAAGGCAGUCUUGCUAUGACCCUAUAGCGAGGCGAUGGUGCCAAAAGUUAGGAUUAUUUCGUGUGUAUCUGGAAUACUAAUUUAUAUUCUAAAUGAACUGUAUCAGAAUUCAUAGUUUCUUGUCUUUCUAUAUUCUAAUGUAUCAGCUCUUAAAUCUUCACUUGAUAGUUAUUUUUCCUAACUAUUAAACUAUCUUUUGAUUACUUUUAAGAAUGUGAAGAGAGAGAGUACAGAGUGUGUGCCUCUUGUGAUAUGCACAUAUAACCAAAAUGCUAAUAUUGAUCAACUUGUUUGGGUUUUUUUAAACACAAUACAUCCUGAAAGUUGGCUCCAGUUUUAAUGUGACUUACUUAUAGCAGUAAUAAUAUUUGUGAUUCACUUUGGUUGUAAAUAACAGGUUUGUCUGUCACUUGGUAAGUGUGGGAGCACACUUUUCACAAUGCAUUUCAGUGCCUUUAACUAGAUCACCAUGAGAUCUUAACUCCUUGAAAGAAAUUUAAAAAAAAUGUAAGCAUUGAAGUUUCUCUGAUCAUAAAAAUGCAACUUGUGUGUCAUAGCUAACAAAACAAAAUCCAAGUAAUUAAGAUAAACAUUAAGCUACAGAUCUUGUUGCAGUGGAAUAGAAUCCCUUGUGAAGAUCAGGGAAAGUAGCAUUUCUAAUAGGACACUUGUAAGUAAAAAGUAAUAAUAUGCCUAGAAAGCUAUGUCAGUUGAAAAUUCUCAGAAGGUUAAACCAAAGUGAAUUUCUCACUUGAAGCAAUAAUCCUUUGUAUGUCACCUGCACAAUGAUUAACACUGAUGAAACACUGAAGAAUUGACACAAGGUGUCUGUCUGCUCAUGUACCUCUGCUAGCUAACUGAAGUAGUAGUAAAAGGAGAGAGGGAAUGAAAGGGAUAUAAUUCUGCUAAUUUCAGCCUCCAUCGUCCUCUUUUCAAUAAAAUGUUUUCUCUGA